GCAGCGCCGGGCACACGAGUCGGCUCAGGCCACGGUCCAGACUUUGCUCUGGGAGCUACAGAGGCGGUUCCUCCUUUUCACUGGGGAAAGUGAUCUACUCUCAGUACCUCCUGAUCCCCAAGUCCAAGGGAGAGAAACAGAAAAAAGUUUUGAAAACCAGAAGGAAAAAAAUGUUUCAAAACAGGAAGCACUGAAUGAAAGUCAACUAUUAACAAUGCAAGAUACAUUUUCUUCACAAGGAGAAGAUCUGGCUAGGAGAAAGAAGAAUGAGGAGCGAGGACAUCAGCUUUAUAAAAUGAGCAACAAAAUCCUGAAACAUUCCAAAAGCAAAAAAGACAAAGAGGAAGCUUACCAACUCCUUACCAAAGCAGCAGAUAUGGGACAUUUGAAAGCUAUGGAGAAAUUGGCUGCUGCUUUGCUGUUUGGUUAUCAUGGUCCUCAAAAUAUAACUGCAGCUGUGACAUUAUAUGAGACUUUGGCUGAAAAAGGAUCUCAUAAAGGCCAAACUGCUCUAGGAUUUAUGUUUUCAUAUGGCAUAGGAAUGGAGUAUAAUCAAGCCAAGGCACUUGUUUAUUACACAUUUGGAAGUCUUGGAGGAAAUUUGAUAUCCCAGAUGAUUUUGGGAUACCGUUACUGGGUCGGAAUCAAUGUUCCAAGAAAUUGUGAAGCAGCACUAACUAAUUACAGGAAAGUGGCAUUUUUCAUUGCUGAUAAAUUAGAAAAAAAUGAAGAAAUGCCAGUAGAAAAAGUGAGACUGAUGGAAAAAUCAGAAAAUCUGAGUUCGAACAAUGACUUCUUAGAUUGGGAUGUACACCAAUACUAUAAGUUUUUGGCUGAAAGAGGAGACACGCAGAUACAGAAAGCUUUCUACUAUUUCCUAAAGGCAGCAAAAGCAGGGAAUACACAUGGUAUGGCAUUCCUGGGAAAGAUGUUUUUAGAAGGAAGUGUUGCAGUGACACAGAGUAAUGCUUCUGCCUUUAAGUACUUCACAAUGGCAGCUGAAAAGGGUAAUGCAGUUGGACUUUGGGGUCUAGGCCUUCUUUAUUAUCAAGGAAAAGGUGUUCCUGUGAACUAUACUGAAGCUUUUAAAUACUUUCAUAUAGCAGCUGAGAAAGGUUUGGCAGAUGCACAGCUCCAGCUAGGAAUCAUGUAUCACUCUGGCUCUGGAGUAAGGAAAGACUAUAAACUUGCCUUCAAAUAUUUUUACUUGGCCUCUCAAAAUGGACAACCUAUUGCAGUUUAUUAUUUGGCUCAGAUGUAUGCUGCAGGGACUGGAGUGUUUAGAUCAUGUCAAAAUGCAGUUGAGCUUUACCGAAGUGUUUGUGAACUAGGAAGUUGGUCUGAAAAAUUCCUGACUGCAUACUUCGCUUACCAGGAUGGUAAUAUCGAUUCAUCUCUUAUUCAAUAUGCAUUAUUAGCAGAAAUGGGGUAUGAAGUAGCUCAAAGUAAUUCAGCUUACAUUUUGGAAUCUGAACAGGUUAAAAUUCUCAGCAAUGAUCAGAUGUAUCCAUUAGCACUUCUCCUGUGGAACAGAGCUGCAGCUCAAGGCAAUGCAUUUGCAAGAGUGAAAACUGGAGAUUACCACUUUUAUGGUUAUGGAACCAAGAGGGAUUAUGUCACAGCAGCAAUUCAUUACAGCCUUGCAGUUGAUCACCACAUCGCUCAAGCCAUGUUUAAUCUGGCAUAUAUGUAUGAACAUGGUUUAGGUAUUCCAAAGGAUAUACAUUUGGCUAAAAGGUGGUAUGACCUCGCCGCACAAACAAGCCCAGAUGCUUCUAUUCCAGUGUUCUUGGCACGUAUGAAGCUAGAAGUUAAGCUUCUAUUCAGUGAGAUUCAACUUUUCAAGCAGACAACUAUUCCAGCAGGGAAGAAGUCGCAUGCCACUUCCUGGAAGUCAGUUUGCAUUAUUGCCUACCUCACAAGCCACAAACACACUUUUAUCUGGAGGCAUCCUUCAGUCCAGAAGACUCCAUUUCAGAGGUUCAUUGGACUAUAAAAUAGAGAGGCCAAGAAACCCCAAGUUAUCUUUCGCCUAAGAAGAUGAAGGUACCAGCCUUUUGACUUUGGAGGAGAGACCCUGAGUUGGGAACUAGGUCAGCCAUCUCGAUGGAAACGUGGUGAGGAUUUUACCUUGAACCAAGUCUAGCUUGUUAAGUUUAGUUACUAGAAUACUCUUUAUCUUUAUUUCUCUUGCAACCAUUUCCGAGUUUAAUCCUUACACUUGUACUAACUUAAUCGCUCUCUUUGUAAUUAAAUAAACUUGUUUUAUUUUGAACCUAAACCAAUCCAAUACUAUAUUUGAAUUGGUUGGUAACUCUAGUUAAAGCAACCAACUGUUGAAUAUUGACUUUUGAAGGAAAAAAAGAACCUUGACAUUCCUCUGCUAGUACCAGGACAGGGCUGAACAUUUCAGAACACAUUUUUGAGAAAAUUGGGGGUUGCAGGGAGUGGGCAAUCCCUUGCCAGUUGUUAACCAAGUCAGGUGGAGACCAGUGGAAGUCUGUGGUAUUGCAGGCAGGCUCCAGGAUCCAAAGUGUUGGCUCAGGGCUGCCCAAUACGUAGACAUGGUGCACACUUCUUGUUGACUGUGGGCAUUCCAGGAAGAGAGCUACAGUAGCAAUGCGUUGAGAGGCACUCCGGCUUACAGGGUGAGAGGUGACAGUCUUCACUAGUCUGGACUGCACCCCAGACUCUGACAGUUUCCCAAGGAAUUGACCUUGUAUUUCCUCUACACCAUGAACUCCCCCUGACUUUAAAGGUGAAUUCUGGAUGCACAAGGAAUGUGAGGCCAUAUGCUUAAAUUAAUCUUAUAAAAUGCAGUGCCUCAUGUACCAUGACCAUCCCCCAUUCCAAUAAGCUUAGGUAAAAUGAUAUGUACACGUUUUCAGUGCAAAUCAUUGCACAAUCAUGCCUAUUGAUCAUAGUUGUCAGAUCACGGACUUCUUUGUAUGUAUUUCCUCUUUAAGAGGUUCUUAUUACAUUUGUAUUUUGAUUUUGGAUGCCUUUAGUCUUUGACAAAGUCAGAAGUAAUCAUCUCCCAGCAUGCAUUUUACUUUCUCUUGUGCCAUAACUUAAAAAAACCCCAGCUUCCAUGCAUUAAGUAAAAUAUCUAGUCUUAUAACAAAAGACACUAUAUCACCCUAACAACUGCUUGGAAUUUAACGCCUUUAUUUUACAACAGCUGAAUUUUUUUAAGUAUUGAAACAGCUCUAAAUUAUACCUAGCCUGGGAAAUUGCAUAUCACAUUUUGGCUAAAUGUGCUUUGAGAAAACCAAGAUAAAAGACUUAAACCCUAAAAAUGGACAUGAUUAAUACUGAAAGUUCUAACUACAGAAGUGUCUGUCUAUACUGGGGUGGGCAAACUAUAGCCCGCGGGCCGGAUCCAGCCCCUCAGGGCUUUGGCUCUGUCCCACGAGAUUGCCACUCCUGUGGCGCCGUGGGUCCUGCUCUGGGAAGUGGCCGGCACCAUGUCCCUGAGGCCCCUGGGGGAGGGAGGG